AUGGCGUCUUUCCAGGAAGAACCCUUAGCAGCCGGUCUGCUUACGGUUCUUGUCUCCUCUUUCGCUCCUACACCGACCGCCGUCGCGUCCGCGUCUUCUUCGCUCCAACAUCUCCCAGCACAAACAUCAGGUUCGGACUCUCACAAUGGCGGUCAAGGAGGAGGACAUAUGCAUGAAUGGUCUUCGUUGAUCGGUAUUGUGACCGCAUUAGUGGGGAAUAUACUCAUAUCUCUGGCGCUCAAUAUCCAGCGGUACGCGCACAUCCGGAUUGAAAAGGAAUGGGAGCAGAGUAAGCUUCAGAAAGAACUAGAAUGGAAACGCGCGCAUUCGGCUCGCGAUGCAGCAGCAGUCUACGGAGCAGUUGCGGAGUAUGAAGAGGAUGUUGAAUACAGACGCGAGAGAGAGAGAGCCCCGUACUCUCGCUAUCGCGAUCAGUCGCCGGAUUCUGGACCGGAGUUGCCAGAGGAGUUCUUACGGCGGAGCAACGAGUUCUCGGAGGAUGAUUCGGACUCACGCAGCGGACCGCACGAGUCCUUUCUCUCUGAUCAGACCAUCCGUCCCGGGGAUAAGAGUCCGCGCUAUGGCCGUCGCAAGUCGUACCUCCGUUCGCCGUACUGGUGGGCUGGUAUCGUGCUGAUGAGCCUUGGUGAGGUCGGUAACUUCAUGGCUUAUGGGUUUGCGCCCGCGUCCAUUGUGUCGCCUUUGGGUGUGGUCGCGUUGAUAUCGAAUUGCGUCAUUGCCCCGAUCAUGCUCAAGGAGAAAUUCCGCCAACGUGAUCUUUGGGGUGUUCUUGUUGCGGUCGCUGGUGCCGUGGUGGUGGUCCUUAGCGCUAAUUCGUCGGAAGAAAAGAUUGGGCCACACGAUAUCUGGGUUAUGAUAACGCGCUGGGAGUUCGAGCUGUACCUGGGUCUCACUGCAGGCUUGAUAGUGGCUCUGAUGUGGGUGAGCAAGAAGUAUGGCGCGCAAUCAAUUCUCGUCGAUGUCGGACUGGUCGCCCUUUUUGGUGGAUAUACCGCGCUGUCGACAAAAGGCGUUUCCUCACUCUUGUCAUUUACGCUAUGGCAUGUCAUCACCUUUCCCAUCACUUAUCUCCUGGUGUUUGUCCUGGUAUUUAGCGCUCUGAUGCAGAUCCGCUACAUCAACCGGGCUUUACAGCGCUUUGAUUCCACACAAGUCAUCCCAACGCAAUUUGUGCUCUUUACGCUCUCAGUCAUCAUAGGGAGUGCAGUGCUCUACCGCGACUUUGAAUCAUACACGCUCGAGCGUGCAGCAAAGUUCGUUAGUGGUUGUCUCUUGACAUUCCUUGGCGUAUACUUUAUCACCAGUGGCAGAGUCCGUGCGGACGAUGACUCCUCAUCUUUUUCUGUCGAAGACGAGGAAGAAGCAAUUGGACUUAUAGGGGGAGAGCGCUACCGCGAUCGGGCGGAUAUGACCCCCCCAUUCCACCAAGCAAAGAAACACCAGCCUGGCUAUAGAUUCUCGGAGCCCCGAGAGAACGAAUUUCCGUCACCCUCCGGGUCUUUGCUUAGUCAGGGGAUUGAAGGUGUUGAUGAAGACCAGCUCAAUCCCAGGGGCGCUUUGUCUGCUGCACCUUCGUCCCCUGUUGGCUCACUGACGGCUGAAUCUUUCUCCCAUCCAUCCCCAGAGCAACCAUCUCUGCACUCACAAUCGUUGUUGACAAACCCCUGGGCGGACCAUUUAGAGCAGCACGUACACCCUUCGAAAUCCACUCUGGAACAGCCCAAGCAGCCAGAACAGACGAACGCUCCUUCAGCCGUCCUUUUACAAUUUCCACCCGCACCUGGCAUCGAAGAGCACGCUCCCCGUGCGCCGUCUCCUACCAAAGUCGAUCACGCUGAGUCGGCUGACAGGGCCGUCGUUGUUCCCCAGACUCCACCGCCUGCAAGGAACCUGCGCAAUUCUAUUUCGAAACAUUUCUCGCCGGGCCCGCUGCUUCCUACGCUGUCGGGGGGGUUCAGUGCGGUUGUGGCCGAAUCACUCCGACGUGGCGAGACGAGUCCGCUGAAGGACCGAAAGACUUAUAAACGAUCGAGGAGGAAGCAGUUGAGCACAACUGUCUUGGACGGGUUUCCCCGCAAUAGGGAUAGUGACCCCAGGAAUCCCCCAGAAGGAACCGACGCAGGCGUCGAGAAUGGCCAACCUUUACCAUUCCAUAUCGCAACAGCUCGACUCCAUUCUACAGGUGACCUUCCCACCGCCCCUGGUAGGGUUGGCGAUGCCCUUCCCGUCACUGAUUCAACAAAUCAGACCGGCAACCAGGUUGCUGAUGAUAUUACCACACUUACCCGUCUUCGCAGCUUGAGCGAUUCAUGGAGUGGCGGCUUGGCCUGGCUUGGUGGUGCUCUCCGAAAACCGAACACAAGCAACACCAACCGUGAAUCGAGCAGUGCAACAGCAGUGGAAACAGACGAACAUGAGCAUGGACAUAGUGCAGAUACGCAUGGUCCACCAUGA